UUAGUACUGUCAAUGUUUCUGCUUGGGUUUAGUAGUGCCAUGUCUCUUAGGGUUUAGUAUCCUAUAACUUUGUAUUCAGUUUUUUCAUACACACUCUGCUUCCUGUUUUGAGCUUCAAUGUUUGUUCUUUUUAUAUUUUCAGGUGUUCUCCCUGAAAGAAUUUUUGCUGUUGAUUGCUAUCCUUCUCAUGCAGUUCGUAUCAAUUCUUAUUCAAAACCUAAGUACCUGGUUGAUAUUUUGAAUGUUCUGCAUGGUAUGCCAGAGUUGGAGACUCUGUUGUCCUCCCCUCUUGGUGCCCUCUUCUCUCUGCCUGUUCGUCAAUGUUCUUUUUCUGGCCAACUGGUUCAUCAGAUGCUCUGUAGACAGUUGCAUACAACCAAUGCUGCGGAAAUGUGGUUUGUUUUUGGGGGUCAGCCGUUGAGAUUUUCGCUAAAGGAAUUUCAUGAUGCCACUGGGUUGUCUUGUUGUGAUUUCCCUCCACAGUCAGAACUUGAGCCUGCAACAACUCAUGCUGAUGGUUCUUCACCUUACUGGUAUCAAUUAAUUGGAGGUACUCCUGGUGCUGUGACAGUUAAGGAACUUCUUGCCCGUCUUAAACAGGAGCCUACUAUGGCCAGUUGGCGUAAAUUCAGGAUUUGUCUGGUUGUUAUUGUAGAAGGUAUUUUACUUUGUCGCUCUCAACCAGUUAAAGCAUCUGUUGAAGUUGUUGAAAUGGUGAAAGACAUUAAUUUCUUUCUUAAAUAUCCUUGGGGAAGACACUCCUUUCACCGAAUUCUGCGUACUGCCAAAGUUGGUUCUUAUAUUCUCGACACUGCCUCCCUUGUAGCCAAGCUUAGACAAUCCUCUGUUGCAAUACAUGGUUUUCCUCUUGCAAUUCAGCUUUUUGCUUUCAAGUAUAUCCCGUUGCUGCUUAAGUACUUGCCUCAUGCUGGAGAAGAGUUUAAUUUCCUUGACCAAGUCAUUCCUCGUCUUCCUAAGUGCAAGUCAUACCAUUCAUCAAACAUUCUGCAUGUAGAAUAUUCACGACAACUUUUUGUUUUGCCUCCAGCAUCAGGUGAUGCUGCAUUUCUCGCGUCUCCGCAUUGCGACCCAAAGGUUAAACAGUUAGAGGGCCUUAUUGCAUCAACUUUUAACUUCGAUAAAUCUAUUUGGCCUGGUGGUGAUAGCUCUCUACCAUCCCUAAGGUCUUCCCGAAAGCGUAAAUGCAACCAUUGCCAGUCUGAUAGCUCAAGUUCUACUGAAGAGCCAGAUGCCAAAAAGGUUAUGCGUGAUCUGCGGUCUCGUUCUAAGUCGAAGGCUAAACGCUCUCAGACACUGUCUCAAAAAAAUGUCAAAUCUUUGAAAGCAUCUCUUAUUGUUGAAGUUCGCGAGCUUAUUGACAAAACUCUCCAUGAUAAUACAGUUCUGUCAGCGACUGUUAAUGUUACUUCUCCUGUUAAUCCUGCAUCUUCUUUGCCUCGGCGUGUCACACGCUCUGCUUCUACUGCCAUGUCUGUAGAAUCAGUUGCUAACUGUUCUACCGCGCGGAAAAAAAGCUCCGUUGCUUCUGCUAAACUUUCAGCUUCGGCUCACACUUUAACUGAGUCAGCCCAUAAUGCGCUCCCUUCUCCCAUUAGAAAUCCCUCUUUAUCAACUGCUUCCUCUCAAGGUUGUACUGGCUUUCGCAACUGCCCCACUGGUGCCCCUCCUAAUGUGGUAAGGAUUACCUUGGUUCUCUUUUCCAAUGCUUUUUUUAAUUGCUUGUACUAA